AUGGCGAACUUCUCACUUGACUUCGACGAUGCCGACUUCACAACAGAAGACCUGUUGACAUGGGAUUUAGCCUCGGGUGGUGACCACGACUUGGGCAAAGACCAUUUCCCCCAACCUCAUCACAAUGGAGUUGACAGCUAUGGCUUGUCGAGUGCUCCUGGUGAUCCUCUUCAAGGGUGGUUAGACCAGCAAGUUCCUCUGAACAAUGGACCUCUCACGGAUAACCUCAACUUUCAACACAAUGCGCUUGUCUCAGAAUCAUCGUCAAACUUGGCAACGACUACCACACAGACCCCUUUCCAAGCUGCGCCAAGGCAUGAUUCGACAACCAGCCUGCAAUCAAUGGCCAGCGCGGCGUCCUCGAGUAGUCGUCGGGGGCAGCGAAUUGUCGGCGCCUACCCCUGCGCACAAUGCGAUCGAGUGUUCGAUGUGCCAAGCGACCUACGCCAUCACGAGAGAAAUCACAUGGCAGCCAACAGCCGGCCGUACAAAUGCCAUUAUUGUGGCCAACGCUUCCUGUACCCCAAGGACCGCACCAGGCAUGUGCUGCGAAAACACACUUCAGCUGGAGCACAAUCUGACUCACUCACACGCACUCAAUCAAUGGACGAUGUGCAAAUGUUGUCGGCUGACGAUCUUGUCCCUGAACUGGAUCGAAGAGAUCGGCCAAUCCCAGGCCUGGAACGACCUGCCGCUUCCAAUCCUGCUCUGAGUGGCGAGUUUAACGGCGGGAUUGGCAGCUUGGAUGAGGUAGACACUGGCUCGCUGAGAGAGGAAUCUAUGCGAUUCUCUGAAUCCGCUUGCGAGAGGUUGCAGAACAGAUUCGAAUUUCUCCACAAGGAUCUCAUGUCGCUCCGCAAACAGCGAUUUGAACUUGCUGGUGUGGAAGUCGAAGCAGCUCCUGUCACCAUCAAAGCGACACAGAGCGACUUGGUCCCUAGCAUUGACGGCUUGAUUAAUCCCACAACAACGUUGGAAAUCAACAAGAUGGAGCGCCUGAUUGCCCAACAACAGCUUCAGAUUGACCGCUUGAAGCUCGAGGUCCAAUUUGCAACUCAGGAUGCCGCAUUUUGGCUCGAAGAAUGUAACCACUACGUUUGGUUCCUCCGCAAGAUACCCAAAGCUCCACGGCCACCUAUCUACACAGUGCCGAAGCAGACCGGCCGUGUAUCUCUUGUCCAAUAUGCGAAGGGCUGGCUGGGUGCAAUUGGGAUGAUGUUCUCGUCGAGCGGCCCUGAAGCCAAGGAUACAGAGGUCGCCUCACAUCUGAUCGACCGACUUGUGGACGAGAUAGACCGCCUGGUCUUGCAAGACUGA